UUUUUCAGUUUUCAUCAGACAUUUCUGCUCUACUUGACUGAACUUAGCUUAACAUAAUUUGUGUGUUCACAACACUGCACCUGGGUUUGAAAAAGCUGCAUUCAAGGUUCAUGGACCAACAUUAAGGUUUUUAUUUUCUUCAAGUAAGUUAAACCAGUGUGUUGCUAUGGAUGAAAGUGGAAUAAGAAAGAGAAAGGAGUCACAGAAUGGCUCCACUGACCUUACCAAAGACAACAAGGAGGUGGUGAAGGCCAUUGCUCUUCAAAAAGAUGUUGGUCUGCUGAGUGGCAUUUGUCUCAUUGUGGGGACUAUGAUUGGCUCAGGCAUUUUCAUUUCCCCAAAGUCUGUUUUGCUGUACUCGGGAGCUGUGGGACCUUGCCUCCUAAUCUGGACUGCUUGCGGCGUGUUAUCUACUCUUGGAGCACUGUGUUAUGCUGAACUUGGAACCAUGAUCACCAAAUCAGGCGGCGAGUACCCCUAUUUAAUGGAGGCUUUUGGCUCUAUUGUUGCCUACCUUUACUCCUGGACAACUAUUAUGGUGUUAAAGCCUUCAUCCUUUGCUAUCAUCACACUGAGCUUUGCAGAAUAUGCCUCCACUCCUUUCUACCCUGGCUGCUCUCCACCUCUAAUUGUCACCAAGUGUCUAGCAGCAGCGGCUAUAUUGGUCAUCACAUCCAUCAACUGUUUAAGUGUCAAACUGGCAAGUUAUGUGCAGAACUUCUUUACUGCAGCCAAACUUUUAAUCAUUCUUGUCAUAGUUGUAGCUGGAAUCGUUAUGUUGGCACAAGGAAAAACAGAGAAUUUUUCAAAUUCUUUUGAUGGCACUACAACAUCUUUUGGGGCAAUUGGACUUGCAUUUUAUAAUGGGCUUUGGGCUUAUGAUGGAUGGAACCAACUAAAUUUCAUCACAGAGGAGCUAAAAAACCCAUUCAGGAACUUGCCACUGGCGAUUGUUAUUGGGAUCCCUUUGGUUACUGUGUGCUAUGUUUUGGUCAAUGUUGCUUACUUCACUGUUAUGACCACAACUGAACUGCUUUUGUCUCCAGCGGUUGCUGUGACUUUCGGAGACAGAGUCCUUUACCCAGCAUCUUGGAUUGUUCCUCUCUUUGUUGUCUUCUCCACAUUUGGUUCUGCCAAUGGAAGCUGCUUCACUGCUGGCAGAUUGGUCUAUGCAUCUGGCAGAGAAGGACACAUGGUGAAAAUCUUAUCCUACAUUAAUGUGAAACGCUACACUCCUGCUCCUGCUCUUAUAUUCAAUGGUGUUUUGGCUAUUUUCUACACUAUUCCAGCAGAUAUCAACACCCUCAUUAACUACUUCAGCUUUGCUCAGUGGUUUUUCUAUGGGCUGACAGCAUUGGCUCUCAUAGUCAUGCGCUUCACUAGAAAGAACCUGGACAGACCAGUUAAGAUACCGGUGGUCUUAGCAGGCAUAAUGGUCCUGGUGUCCUGCUACCUGGUCUUGGCACCCAUCAUUGAUAAGCCAGAGCUGGAAUACCUUUACUGUACCAUCUUCAUCUUCAGUGGUCUUAUCCUUUACUACCCAUUUGUCUACCGAAAAGUGAACUGGGGGCGCAAAAUCAUGAGGCCCAUCACUAUGCACCUCCAGCUGCUAAUGGAUGUAGCUCCUCCUGAGAAAACUGAAUGAGAAGGGAUAACACGUUUCGGUGUCUACAGGGUAAUGAAAAAUGUUCUGUCUAGUUUUGGAAACAGGAAGUGUGCUCAAAGGGUUAGAGCCAUUUUAGAGCUCACUUCUCUGCAAAAGCAGGAUAAAAUGAAAUAAUUUAAAUUUGUUGGUUCAGGGCUCAGAAAUUCUGUUUAUAUAGAAUGACUCCCACUGCAGGACACAGUGGCAGUACCUGCAGGAUAUUUCAGAAGUAUAUGAAAUAUAAACUAAAAACAGAUGAAAGGGUACCUUUAAAAAUAUUCAAAUAUAUAUAUAUAUAUGUGUAUAUAUGUAUAUAUACAUACAUACAUACAUACACAUACACA